AUAACAUGCAGACAUUGUGGUGGCAUAGGACAUUUUGCUCGAGAUUGCGUCAAUGAGAAGAUACCAAAACCUUGUUUCCUUUGCGGCAUCAAGGGACACAACGCACGAGAUUGUGAAAAUCAGCAGUGCUUCAAGUGUCGGAAGCCCGGUCACAGGAUCUCGGAAUGUCGCUUCCCACCGUACAGGGACGACACCUGUUUCAGGUGA